AUGAAGGUCCUUGUGUUUGCUUUAACUGUGGCUCUUGCCGCUGGUUACGAAGUGAACUUUGUUCCAGAGUUCGCCAAAGGGAAGACCUACGUCUUCAAAUAUGAAGCCCUUGUUAUGGGGGGACUGCCUGAGGAGGGUCUAGCACGGGCUGGAGUGAAAGUGCUUAGCAAAGUUAUGAUCAGUGCAUUGUCUGAUGACAACUUCAUUCUGAAGCUUGAAGACCCUGAAAUAUUUGAGUACAGUGGCAUCUGGCCGAAAGACUCUUUCACCCCAGCCACCAAGCUCACCUUAGCCCUGGCUGCUCAGCUCUUGAGACCCAUCAAGUUUGAGUAUGCCAACGGUGUUGUCGGCAAAGUCUUUGCACCAGCUGGUAUCUCUACCACUGUGCUGAAUUUCCACAGAGGAAUCCUCAACAUCUUCCAGCUGAACAUCAAGAAGACGCAGAAUGUCUAUGAGCUGCAAGAGCUUGGUGUACAGGGUGUGUGCAAGACCCACUACAUCAUCAGUGAGGACGCAAAGGCCGAGCACAUCCUGUUGACCAAGACUAAGGACCUGAACAACUGCCAGGAGAGAAUCAUUAAGGAUAUCGGCUUGACAUACACAGAGAGAUGCCCUGAGUGUGAGGCUAGAGCAAGAUCCCUGAAGGGAACCGCUGCUUUUAACUACGUCCUGAAGCCAGCAGCCACAGGUGCUCAAAUCUUGGAGGCAACCGUUACAGAGCUCAUCCAGUACUCACCCAUCAACAUCUUGAAUGGCGCUGCCCAGAUGGAGUCAAAGCAAAAGCUGACCUUCUUGGAGGCCGUGAAGACCCCAGUGGAGCCCAUCAAAGCUGAAUAUCUUCACUGUGGAUCCCUGCAGUACGAGUUUGGCAGUGAGCUUUUCCAAAUUCCCAUCCAGCUUUUGAGGAUCAGCAAUGUUGAGGCUCAGAUUGUUGAGGUUCUGCACCACCUGGUUACCUUCAAUGUUGCCAAGGUGCACGAAGAUGCCCCUCUGAAGUUCGUUGAACUAAUCCAGCUGCUGCGUGUGGCCGGAAAUGAGAGCAUUGAGGUCCUCUGGACUCAAUACAAAAACAGAGCCGAUUACAGACACUGGAUCCUGAAUGCCGUCCCUGCCAUUGGUACUCAUGUUACUCUGAAGUUCAUCAAGGAGAAGUUCCUUGCUGGAGAGCUGACUGUUGCCGAAGUUUCUUAUGGCCUGCUGGUCUCUGUUCACAAGGUCACAGCAGACCUCGAAACCAUCAAGCUGGCCGAGGGCUUGGCUAUGAACGCUAAGAUCCAAGAAAACCCAAUCCUGCGUGAGAUUGCCAUGCUUGGAUACGGCACCCUUGUUGCUAAAUACUGUGCAGAGAACCCAUCUUGCCCAGCUGAGCUUGUUAGGCCGAUCCAUGAACUCGCCAUUCUGGCUGUUGCCAAAGGUGAAAUUGAGGAGCUCAUCAUGACUCUCAAGGUUCUGGGUAAUGCUGGACAUCCUGGCAGUUUGAAGACAAUCAUGAAGCUCCUGCCUGGCUUUGGCAGUGGUUCUGCUUCUCUGCCUCUCAGAGUUCACAUUGAUGCCGUUCUGGCCCUGAGGAACAUUGCUAAGAGGGAGCCCAAGAUGGUCCAAGAAAUGGCUGUUCAGCUGUUCAUGGACAAGGCUCUCCACCCAGAGCUCCGCAUGGUUUCUGCUAUCGUACUCUUUGAGAGCAAGCUGCCCAUGGGUCUGGUGACUGUUCUUGCUACUGCCCUCCUCAAAGAAACAAAUCUGCAGAUCGCUAGCUUUGUCUACUCUUACAUGAAGUCCAUGACCAAGAGUACCGCUCCUGAUCUUGCCUCCGUUGCUGCCGCCUGUAACGUUGCUGUGAAGAUGCUCAACCCCAAAUUCGAAAGACUGAGCUACCGCUACAGCAAAGCCCUCUAUGCAGAUACCUACCAGAGCCCCUGGAUGAUUGGUGCCGCUGCCAGCGCCUUCUAUGUUAAUGAUGCUGCAACUCUGUUGCCAAGAGCCAUUGUGGCCAAAGCUCGCACCUACUUUGCAGGAGCUUAUGCUGAUAUUCUUGAGGUUGGAGUGAGAACUGAGGGAGUGCAAGAGGCCCUUCUGAAAAUCAAGGAUGUUCCUGCGAACGCUGACAGGAUGACCAAGAUGAAACGCGUUAUGAAGGCUCUUUCUGAUUGGAGGGCUCAGCCUUCCAGCCAGCCCCUGGCCUCCAUCUAUGUGAAGUUCUUCGGACAGGAAAUGGCAUUUGUCAACCUUAACAAAGCCAUUGUUGAUCAGGUUCUCGAGCUCGCUAAUGGACCAGCAAUUAAGGCUGCUGGCAGGCAGGCUUUGGAUGUUCUGCUGGGAGGUUUCGCUCUGCAUUACGCUAAACCAAUGCUGGUUGCUGAGGUUCGUCGCAUCAUUCCCACCGCAGUUGGUCUGCCAAUGGAGCUCGCUUUCUAUACUGCUGCCGUGGCUGCUGCAUCUGUUGAAUUCCAAGCAACUGUGUCACCACCUCUGCCUGCGAACUUCCAUGCUUCCCAGCUUCUGAAUUCCGACGUCAACAUCAGGGCUACCAUUACUCCAAGCGUUUCCAUGCAUACCUACGCAGUUAUGGGAGUGAACACUGCUUUCAUCCAGGCUGCCCUGCUCUCAAGAGCAAGAGUACACACCAUCGUUCCCGCAAAGGUUGAGUUAAGAAUUGACAUGAUUAAGGGUAACUUCAAGCUUGAGCUUCUGCCGGUUCAAGGCAUCGACAAGAUUGCUUCUGCAAUUGUUGAGACUUAUGCUGUUGCAAGAAACGUGGAAGACCUUGCAGCUGCCAAAAUCACACCAAUGAUCCCAGCUGAAAAUGCAACACAGGUGUCAAGAGAGACUUCAAAAAUGGCAUCCUCGUCAGCAUCAUCUGAAAUCAUUCCCAUUGAUCUGCCAAGUAAAAUGGCCAGCCAACUGAACCUCCCCAAGACCUUCGAGAAGAAACUGUGCGCUCAAAUGAAAACCUUCGGAAUCAAGGCAUGCACUAUGAUCAAAUCUCGCAAUGCUGCCUUCAUCAGAAACUGCCCACUCUACGCCAUGAUCGGAAAACAUGCUGUCACCGUUGAGGUUUCUCCAGCUGACGGACCAGUCAUCGAGAAGAUUGAAAUUGAGAUUCAGGUUGGAGAAAAAGCAGCAGAAAAGAUCAUCAAAGUGAUUAACAUGAGCGAGGAAGAGGAAGUUAUCGAGGACAAGAACGUCCUGAUGAAACUGAGGGAAAUCUUGGUUCCUGGUCUGAAUAAUAGGUCAUCAUCUUCAUCCAGCUCCAGCAGCUCUCGUUCAAGCCUUUCAUCAUCUGCUUCAUCUAUUUCUUCAUCCGAGUCUUCCUCCUCUAAACGCAAGAGCAAUAUGGUGGACCUUCUCUCUCCACUCAGCAGGCCACCAAACAGACAGAGAAGUUCCUCCGAAGAGUCCAGCUCCUUGUUUGAGCAACAACUGAAUGAGAUGAAGUUUAUCAAGAACCAUGUCCAUCAGCAUGCCCUCUCCACAACUCGUGCCAGCAGCAAGAGCAGUGCCUCCAGUUUCGAGUCCAUCUACAAUAAGGCCAAGUACCUCGCUAACUCCGUCACUCCUGCUGUGAUCAUCCUCAUCCGCGCUGUAAGAGCCGACCGCAAGGUUCAGGGAUACCAGAUCGCAGCUUACUUUGACAGAGCUACCGCCAGACUUCAGCUCAUUUUUGCCAACCUUGCUGAGGGGGACCACAACAGAAUCUGUGCCGAUGGUGUCAUGCUGAGCAAAAACAAGCUGAUGGCCAAGGUUGCCUGGGGCCUUCAGUGCAAAGAGUACGGAGCUGAGAUCACAGCUGAGACUGGUGUUGUCAGUAAAAAUCCUGCAGCCAGCGUGAAGGUUACCUGGGAGAAACUUCCAAAGAGCUUGAAGCGCCACGCAAAGGAGAUCUCUAAGUACAUCUCCUGCAUUGCUAAGGAAUACGGAAUAAACCUGGAAAACACCAAAAAUAUUUGCAAUGAGAUUAAACUGUCUGUGGCUGUUGCUUCUGAGAAAAGCCUGAAUAUUGUGAUGAAGACACCAAAGAUGACAGUUUACAAAUUUGGCGUGAGACUCCCUUUUUCUCUGCCAAUUGGAAACACCGCUGCUGAGCUGGAACUCUACCAGGACAACUUGUCUGAGCAGAUCUCUUACAUUUUCACCAAGGCUAACGCAGCUGAGUGCACCUUAGUCAAGGACACACUGAUCACAUUCAACAACAAGGAAUUGAAGAUUGAGAUGCCACUCUCUUGCAACCAGGUUUUGGCUCAGGAUUGCACCUCAAAACUUAAAUUCAUUGUUCUGCUGAAGAGGGAUCAAGCACAGGAGCAGAACCUGAUCAAUGUGAAGAUCGCAGAUAUUGAUGUGGACCUGUACUCUAAGAACAACGUUAUCAUGGUUAAGGUUAACGGAGUAGAAAUCCCCAUCGCCAACCUGCCAUACCAGCAUCCCACAGACAAAAUUCAGAUCAGACAGAGAGAUCAGGGCAUCGUUCUCCAUGCUCCCAGCCACGGUCUCCAGGAGGUCUUCCUGGACCAGAAAGAACUGAAGGUGAAAGUUGUGGACUGGAUGAAAGGACAGACCUGUGGACUCUGUGGAAAGGCUGACGGAGAAGUCAGACAGGAGUUCCACACACCCAACAAACGUGUGACCAAGGACGCAGUCAGCUACGCUCACUCCUGGGUGGUGGCUGGAAAGAGCUGCCAUGAUGCCUCUGAGUGUUACAUCAUGCUUGAAUCUGUGAAGCUGGAGAAGCAGGUGAUGCUCUACGGCAAGGAAUCCAAAUGCUACUCUGUUGAGCCUGUGCUGCGCUGCCUGCCCGGCUGCAUGCCAGUGAGGACCACCCCCGUCACUGUUGGAUACCACUGCCUGCCCGUUGAUUCUAACCUGAACAUGUCUGAAAGUCUGAGCAGCAUCUCAGAGAAGAGUAUUGACCUGAGGGAAACAGCAGUAGCCCACCUGGCCUGUCGCUGCACCGCUCAGUGCGCUUAAUGUUAAAGCCUUCAGUCAUAUCAUGUUUUACUUUUUGUUGUAUUAUUCAUGCAAGUCAAUUAAAUUACUUUGUUUGAGCUGUAUUAAAUAAAUAAAUGACGGAAGCAUCUA